UGUGUGUACUGUUGGUCUAUGCUGUUUUGAGGGGUCAACACUCACCAACUCAACACUCACAGCUGCAAAUUAUUGUUGUUCAAUGCUGCCCAGAGGGCACUGCCUCCCCUUUUGUGCGAUCAAGCGCGAAACAAGCACGCACAAGUAAGUCAACUGAUGAUAAGUAGUAGUCCAACCGUCCAGCAACAGGUAGGGGACAUUUCUUCCGUAACUUAACAUGGGUCGGAUACUUGCUCUACCAAUGUAAGCUAUUAUAAUAGGAUUUCGGGAAAGCGGUGGUCAGCGAGACAUAUCCGACAAGGCAGCGGCUUUAGUACGUUUUUUGUUGUUGUUUUUUUCGCUCACCGCAUGCAGGCUCUGUUUUGUCCCACUUCAUUUAUCCACCAAGUCGGCAUUAGACGGAGACUAAAGCGUGUGUCCGUCCCAUUGAUGAGAAAACAAACCAGGCUACAAACAGCAUGUCAUCUCCAGACAAGACAACCCAAAGGAAUGAAGUCCUGAAUAACAUUCGGAGGUCCUCGAUGGUGGCGGGACAUGGGAGAAAACAGACGGAGUUUGAGAUGUCACAAGCCGCGUCAGCCUCACAACCUGGGGCGCUUAUUUCUAACAACAGGUUUCUGUGUGACGCCGAGGGCAUCACCAUUCACACAACUGUCACUCGACCGUCGGUGUCUCACCUACCCGGGCUCAAUCUCAACCCCCGGAUGUCCGUAUACAGCACAACUCGUCCAGUUACCGUCAGCCGUGCUUACAUUCAAGGACGCGCUUAUAACUUUCUGGAAAGACCAUCUGGGUGGAAAUGCUUCGUGUAUCACUUCUCGGUGUUCCUCAUCGUGCUCACCUGUCUUGUCCUCAGUGUGCUCUCUACUAUAGGGCAGUAUCAGGCUCUGGCACAUGGCACGCUCUUCUGGGUGGAGAUAGCGCUAGUGGUGUUAUUCGGUGUGGAGUAUGGUGUGCGGCUGUGGUCGGCAGGGUGCCGUAGUAAAUAUGUUGGCGUCUGGGGCCGGCUGCGCUUUGCCAGGAAGCCUAUCUCCAUCAUCGAUUUGAUUGUAGUGGUGGCCUCCAUCAUCGUACUGGUAGUAGGCUCCAAUGGACAGGUGUUUGCCACAUCUGCUGUCAGAGGGAUUCGCUUCCUGCAGAUUCUGCGCAUGCUCCAUGUGGACCGGCAGGGAGGGACGUGGCGUCUGCUGGGCUCUGUGGUCUUCAUCCACAGGCAGGAGCUCAUCACUACGCUGUACAUUGGUUUUCUGGGGCUCAUCUUCUCCUCCUACUUUGUGUACCUGGCAGAGAAGGAUGCUGUGGACAGCAAUGGAGCCAAUGAGUUCGAGAGCUACGCUGACGCCUUGUGGUGGGGGGUGGUGACCGUCACAACUAUAGGCUACGGAGACAAGGUGCCUCAGACGUGGAUCGGUAAAACCAUUGCAUCGUGUUUCUCAGUCUUUGCCAUCUCCUUCUUCGCCCUACCAGCUGGGAUCCUGGGUUCAGGCUUUGCCCUGAAGGUUCAACAGAAACAGAGGCAGAAGCACUUCAACAGGCAGAUCCCUGCAGCUGCCAUUCUCAUCCAGACUUCGUGGAGGGUCUUUGCUGUGGAGAACCCUGACUCGGCCACCUUCAAGACGUUUGUGAGGAGGAGACCUGCUCUGCCCAGCUCCUCUGUAUCCAGUCCCAAGCCCAAGAAAACGGUGAAGCUGAGGAGGAAGUUGAAGAGCAGUGAGAAGGACGACGGGCCUGGUUCUCCCACUGUUCCCAGUAUCUCCUACGACUCUGUGUUCAAUAGUGGGAGGGAGCUCAGCUCUGACGUCUACAGCACUGUGUGUACAGCUGAAGCACUAGGAUGUGAUACCCAGCAGUCCUGGACCUCUCUUUCCUCCCUUACAUUCAGCUCGCCACUCCCAGUGAAAAAGACCCCUGGUUUGUUGGAGGUGCAGCCCCCUCGUCCCCUCCAGAGGAACAGCAGCUUUGGGGACGAUCUGGACCAGGAGGACCAGUGUGUUCUGACCCCAGUCACCCACGUGUCACAGCUGCAGGGGACUCACAGAGCAGCCAUCCACGUGAUCCUACGGAUGCGCUACUUUGUCGCUAAGAAGAGAUUCCAGCAAGCACGUAAGCCCUACGACGUGCGAGACGUGAUCGAGCAGUAUUCCCAAGGACACCUGAAUCUCAUGGUGCGCAUCAAGGAGCUGCAGAGGAGACUGGACCAGUCUCUAGGGAAGCUGACCCUGUUCCAGACUAGCUCAGACAAAGCCAAAGACAAAGGCACCAACACCAUCGGCUCCAGACUCAACAGGAUGGAGGACAAGAUACAACGCAUGGACCAGACACUCAACCACAUCGCAGAGUCCCUUACCCAGCUGUUGUCUGGGACAAGCCAGGGGCAGGGGGACAUUUGGGGAGCGCAGGGGGACAUGGGGGGAGCACAGGGGCAGGGGGACAUGGGGGGAGCACAGGGGCAAGCGAGGAGGAGGUCACAGGGUGGUGCAGGGGUCCCCAGCCAGGAUAGCCUACCCAGCUACGAGCAGCUCUCCACCGCGACCCUCCAUCCACCCCUCAACCCCAGCCUCAGCCAGGACAAGAGCUCCUGAAUCAACCCUCCAUCCACCCCUCAACCCCAGCCUCAGCCAGGACAAGAGCUCCUGAAUCAACCCUCCAUCCACCCCUCAACCCCAGCCUCAGCCAGGACAAGAGCUCCUGAAUCAACCCUCCAUCCACCCCUCAACCCCAGCCUCAGCCAGGACAAGAGCUCCUGAAUCAACCCUCCAUCCACCCCUCAACCCCAGCCUCAGCCAGGACAAGAGCUCCUGAAUCAACCCUCCAUCCACCCCUCAACCCCAGCCUCAGCCAGGACAAGAGCUCCUGAAUCAACCCUCCAUCCACCCCUCAACCCCAGCCUCAGCCAGGACAAGAGCUCCUGAAUCAACCCUCCAAUCACACCUCAACCCCAGCCUCAGCCAGGACAAGAGCUCCUGAAUCAACCCUCCAUCCACCCCUCAACCCCAGCCUCAGCCAGGACAAGAGCUCCUGAAUCAACCCUCCAUCCACCCCUCAACCCCAGCCUCGGCCAGGACAAGAGCUCCUGAAUCAACCCUCCAUCCACCCCUCAACCCCAGCCUCGGCCAGGACAAGAGCUCCUGAAUCAACCCUCCAUCCACACCUCAACCCCAGCCUCAGCCAGGACAAGAGCUCCUGAAUCAACCCUCCAUCCACCCCUCAACCCCAGCCUCAGCCAGGACAAGAGCUCCUAAAUCGGCCAUCCAUCCACCCCUCAACCCCAUCCUCAGCCAGGACAAGAGCUCCUGAAUCAACCCUCCAUCCACCCCUCAACCCCAGCCUCAGCCAGGACAAGAGCUCCUGAAUCAACCCUCCAUCCACCCCUCAACCCCAGCCAGGACAAGAGCUCCUGAAUCAACCCUCCAAUCACCCCUCAACCCCAGCCUCGGCCAGGACAAGAGCUCCUGAAACCAAGAAACACCAAAACCACUUUGGCGCUUUUUCUCUUUGUCUUAUUCUGAGAUCAGUGUUCUUCAUGAUAAUGAACCAGCUGUGUAGUGCUAGGGCAAAAAACGAAAUGUGCACUCAGUGGGGGCCCCAGGACCGAGUUUGGGAAACCCUGCCCUAGAAAAGAACCGUAUACACAGGAGAUUUAGCAACUCUUGGAGGACAAUCUAAUUAAAUAAAAAUAUUGUUUUUAUUGUUAAAAGUGGAACCAACACGUUUCAGCUUUUGGCCUUCUACUUUAAACAAAGAUUAUUUUUUAUUUAAUUCCGUUCAAAUAUUUUUAUUGAACACACACAGGAAUGGUGUAUAGGUAUGAAAGGCAGGUAUACAAUUUUUAACUAAACAUAAAAGAGCAGACAGAAAUAAAAAGAUCCAGAGUUCUGGGUACACAACAAUUAUUACAAAACAAGACAUACAAAACAAGGACAGGUAGAAAGAAAGAGGGUGGGUGUCACCCCCCCUUAUCCCUCCCCCCCUUUAUCCCUUCCCCUUAUACCCCUCCCCGCUGCUCGGGUGGCGGUGCCAGCACGUGCUGCCCAGAGGUGGAUUAAAAUAUUACAAUGGAGAGUGCGUUAAAAAGUACAAAUUCACAGCGCCGAAUGGUCCAAGUAAGAGAGGAAAGGCUGCCAGAUCUGAUCAAAUGUUGAUAAUUUAUUGUUCAGAAUAUAUCUAAUCCUUUCUAAGUGUACAGUGUUUGCCAAUUCGCUGAGCCAUAAUUUGGUAGUGGGCGCUUCCCUCUUUUUCCAGAACAACAAGAUUAGUUUUUUUGCCGAAAUGAGACUGUAAGAGAUGAAUUGUUUUUGGGGGUUGGUUAGUCCGAUUAGGGAAUCAGACACUCCCAGGAUUAUCAGAAGCGGGUCUGGGUCAAUUGAAGUCUCCAGAACUUCAGAGAGGAUCCUAAAAAUUCCACACCAGUAACCAUGCAAGCUAGAGCAUAGGGCAAAGCAGUGGAGAAGUGUACCCUGUGCAGCCUGACAUUUAUCACACAAAGGGGAUGUAUCAGGAAAUAUCCUAUGCAGUUUGGUUUUGGAAUAGUGUAAUCUGUGUAAUACCUUGAAUUGUAUGAGCCGAUGUCUGGAGUU